AUAUAUACACCCGUCAUCACCGCCGAAUCGUUCCGCAGAGAAGAUCGCGAGUCUCCAGUAGCAGCUGCUCCGGCCGUUUGUUGAUAUCAAUAUCAGCCAUGGAUUUCCACAGCCUCGCAAGGAGAGAACUCCAAGCUCUGUGCAAGAAGAACAGGAUUCCAGCCAACUUGACCAACGUCGCCAUGGCCGACGCCCUCAAAGCUCUUGAUAUCGUCGAAGGGAUAGAAGAGCUCCUGAACCCAACGGAGGGUGGGACCACGGUUGGGUCGCCAUGUGUUCCUCGUACAAGUUGCAGAUCAUCUACUCGUGUGAAAUCGUUUCAAGAACCAGAGAGCUCUCAGGUUUCGACAAGGACACGCUCACGGACAAGAGGAGUAGUAGCCGAAGAGAUGGAGAACGCAAACCCUGAUGUCCCUGAAACUCCGGCGAUUCGAAGCACCCGGAAAAGAGCCCCGGUUGGUUCAGUGCGCCGGAAGAUGGAGACCCAAUUGAAGGAAGAAGGUGAAGACACGCCUGCAGCAUCAACUACCCGCCGGGCGGCUUCAGUUCGGCCGGCUAACAGCACCAGGAGAAUGACAAGGUUGCUCGAGAAGAAAUUGGUCGAACUGAACUUGAACGAUAAUGAAGAAAUGGAAGCUGUUCAAGUCGAUAACUCUUGUGAAGAAAAUCCUGAAGAUUUGGGCAAAGGAUCGGCGGUUAAGGGAACAGGUGAACAGAAUACAUCUGAUGAUAAGACUGAUGAAUCAGAAGCCAUUUUAGAUGAAAAACCUGAUGAUAAGCGGUCAAGGAAUGUAAGAGAACUGGUAGAUAAUGUUCAAGGUUGUACUGAAUAUAAAGAAGAAUCGGAUGAAUUGAAGGUGGAACCACAAAAAAAGUCUGAGGAAUGCGAUGAAUGUAAGGAGAGGUUGACAACUGAAAAGGAGAAAGGUGUUGAUGAUGUAGUCUGUGAUGUGAAAAAAGAUGAUGAUACACAAACAAAUUCAGGAGUGUGUGAGCAGGGAUAUGGUGAAUCCGCUGUUUUUUCUUCUGGGACAAAAGUAGAAAACGUUCCAGAACAGAAAGUUGAAAUCUCAGACAAAGAGGAGAGUGAUGAUUCUGGAUUUGGGACAUUCCCCUCUGACAUUAGCAGCCACACUGAGUGUUUGGUGUUGGAGAAUGGAGAAGAAGGGUCGAAUUCUGGCGAAGAUUUGAGUUCAAAAGAUUCAGCCACAGUCGUGCUGGAUACCAGCAUUGGUGGUGAUGCCACAGGCCUUGUUGUAGCUCCACAGUCUCCACUGCAGCAAGAGAACACUCAAUCACUUAAUGAAGAAACUGUCGAUGGUUUGGGGAAUGAAAAUUCUGCAGAAACAGAAAAUGAUGUAUCGGAUCAGAAUUUCUCUGCUCCCAAUGAAAAUCAGAAGCAGGACGCUGAAUUGCAAAACCUGUCCGGGCAGGAGUCUGAUAUGUACUCUGAGUCUGAGGAGGCCUCUGAUGAUGAUACAGAAACUGAAUUGGAACCAUAUGAAGUUCAAGAUCUAGAGUCACCCAUUGUCCUCGGUGAUGCCAAAGAUACCAAGGGCAACACCUCCAGUGACGACGAGACUGUCACCUCUGGAGAAGUAUCUGAUCAAGAAGUUGAAGAGUUGAGCAGUGAAGAUGACUGCAAUUCAGAAGAAUCAGCCACCAUAGAAUCAGGAAAGGAGGUUGCAACUGACGAUGCGACUGUCAAUGGGGAAGAAGCAUCUGAUCAAGAAGUUCAGAAGUUGAGCAGUGAAGAUGAGUGCAAUUCAGCAGAAUCAGUAACGGAGGUUUCUGUAGAAGAAAAAACAUUUCAAAAUGUCAUGUGUAACCAAUUAGCCGUCCAGGAUCUUCCAGGCCCCAUGUCACCAAGUUUGCUCCAUGCUGGACUAGCUCAUUCUGUGAGCAUGACACCAACCGCAAGCCAGAAAAAGAUUAAUGAUAUUAUGGAUGACAAGAAGGAGAACAUUGACGGUAAUGGACAAAAGUUGCUGCUUACCAUAGAUAAGAAGAAAACUGCAACACCAUUGGAGCAUAAAAGUCUAAGAAAGCUCAGUAAGAUGUUGAAAUCAAAAUUGCAGAUUACAGAUGGGAAGAUAAAUGCCAAGCAGGUAGGAGGAAAGGCAAGACCAGCAUUGCAGACACUGCCGGAGAAUCAGUUGGCAGCAAACGAAGCAGCCCAAGCUUGAUUGAGUGCUCUUGUUCUUCAGUCUUCACAAUACAAUUACAAUUGGGGGGGGGGUGGG